UUACUGACAACAGAAAGGUGCUUAAUUCAGUACGGUGUGGAGGUAUUUUCGUGACGCUUCCCGAUUUUUAUAGUUGUGCCUCACAGAAUAAGGGAUUUUCAAUUUAAAUAGUUUUGUGAGUUUUUUGUUUAAAGUUUCGCGUACCCGCCGCCGUAUGAUCGUGCAGAACCAAAAUCCGCAUUGUUUAAUUCGGAAUAGAUAACGGCUCAUUAUAUUUAAUAAACGUUAAACCUUAAGUUUAUAAUAAAAAUAAUAGAUAAAAGUUGUCUGUCGAAAACAAUUGAAACAAAAAACAAAAACAAAUACAAAUUAUGCUCGUGCAUCUAUUCUCGUAGCAUAUCGCUUUUUGCUGCACAAACGGUGUUUUUGAAUCAAUAAGUUCUUAAAGAAAACAUCAAUAUUAAAAGAAAGGAAAAACAAUAAUAAAAUACCUAUAUUUGAAAUAACUUAUCGCGUAGCAUAAUUGUGCAGUGGCCUACGGAAUUCCCUCUUAAAAGUGCCAUAACAUAGAAUUUUAAGUGCGUUUUAAAUUAAACUUAUGUGCGCUCAUAUUUAAAAUUAAAAUUAUGUGCGCAAAAAUUAAACAAAUUAAGAAGUAGAAUCAUAGAAUGGUUUCAGGUAGAUUUAUAGAUAAAUAAAUCUAAAAAGAAUCUAAAAAUAGAAAUAGUAAAGUGUCUUUAAAUUAUAUAACGGGUGUUGUGUGACAAUCAGGUACAAGUUCAGCUUGUACAAGCGGAACCAAGGAUUACAAAAUAAAAACAUAUAUUUUCCAAAUUAAAAUUUAAAACAUUCCAUUCGCAAAUAGUGCAAAUAUAUCUAUAAAUUCGGAUAAAGCCCAUCACCAACAUGCUAACCAUGGAAUCGGAUAUGAAAGGUGGCAUUUUGCACGCCACAAUGCCCCCACAUCAUGCAUCCGCUGGUCUGCAUGGACAUUCAACUUCACCCUACAGUGCAUUGGGGCCUCUCGGCAUGAUGAACUUAGGACAAUCACAGUUGACGCAAUCGCAUUUGACAAACCAUCAUCAUCAUAUGACCUCGCAUCAUAUUUCGUCAAGCAGUAAUACGCCUGGAAGUGUUGGCAGCGCCGGAAGCAGCUCAGGGAGUAAUGGAAGUGGAUCAGUUAAUACUCUUCAAUCAAAUUUAGGCAAUUCAAUAAACAAUAAUUCAAACAAUGGCGUCCAGCAACAUGUUAGUUCGCAUGGCUCCCCGCUUCAUAGUUCUAGUGGCCUUAGUCCAACGCAAUCUUCGCACAAUAGCGGAGGUCAUCAUAUGACUUCACCUUCCGGUGGUCAAUCGCACCAUCACCCUCACCACCUUUCUUCAAUGUCUCAAGGUGGUAUGGGUAGUAACGGAAGCAAUAAUGGUUCUGGUAAUGUUAACAAUAACAAUAAUUCAGCAACAGCUAACAAAAACCAGCAAAAUAACGACCGCGUUAAGCGGCCAAUGAAUGCAUUUAUGGUUUGGUCCAGGGGUCAACGUAGAAAAAUGGCUUCAGACAAUCCUAAAAUGCACAACUCAGAGAUCUCCAAACGGUUAGGUGCCCAAUGGAAAGAUCUAUCUGAGGCGGAAAAGCGACCGUUCAUAGAUGAAGCGAAGAGAUUACGAGCAGUUCAUAUGAAGGAACACCCUGACUACAAGUACCGACCAAGACGCAAAACAAAAACGCUCACCAAAAACAAAGAGAAGUACCCACUUGGAGUAGGUUCGCUGCUACAACCGUCCGAAUCCAAUUCAAUGCGCAAUACAUCUUCCAUAUCAGCGGUGCAACAGGCUGCAGCAGUUAACAGGGACAUGUACCAAAUGACGGCGCCGAACGGUUAUAUGCCCAAUGGCUAUAUGAUGCACGAUCCAUCAGCAGCAGCCUACCAAACUCAACACAGUGCGUACAUGGGUAACUACCAUCGCUACGAUAUGGGUCAAAUGCAUCAAGCUGCUGCCGCCGGAUCUCUCAACUCUUAUAUGAAUGCAGCCGCUUCGACUGGUUAUAGUAUGUAUGGCACCGUAUCAGGUGGCCAAACUUCUCCUUAUGGAAACUUGCAACAACCCAGCUCCCCCUACAGCAAUGUCCAACAACAGCCGGGCUCGCCAUACGGCCUUGCCGGGCAACCUGGUUCACAAUUAUCCUGCCAAAGUCAUAGCCCCAGCGAUUCGAGUAUUAAAUCAGAGCCUGUUUCGCCCAGCCCUAUGCAUAACUCAUCGCAAGGUUCAUCAUCUGUGAGCACCAAUAAUAACCUUAUAAUGAAACGAGAAUACGGUUCAACCCAACAGCCAUCGGAUCUCAGUCACCUCAUGAACAUGUACCACGUGCAAGAUGGUAUGCAGGCCACAGCAGCGGCUGCAGCAGCAGCGGCAGAACACCAACGAAACCUGAUGCACUAUCAAAGCAGUGUUUCUCCUGACUUACAGCAGCAACACCAGCAUCAGCAAUCGAUGAGAACUAUGGCACCCCUCGCCCAUAUGUGAGAAAUAGCCACAUGCUUCGAUCAAACGUCUUUGGAUUCAAGUUCAGCUCCCUCAGCCAAUUCUGCCACAAGCCUUCACCAUCACCUGCAUCAGCAUCACCAACUCCAUCAACAUAACAGCCAAAAUAGUCAUCCACAUCAGCUCCUUCAUCAACACGCCAAUCACAGCCAGCACCAUCACCAUCAUCACCUUCUGAAUCAGGCGUCUGUUUCGACAUCAUCUUCAGCGUCCUCAGUAUCUUCACUGAGCAGUGGCAUUCCUAGUGAAAUGAGCGGCGGCGGCGGUGGCGGCGGUCAAGGUAGCCACAAUUCGCUGCUUAUCAAUUAUGUGAAUGGUGGUCCUAACAGCAGCUUGGUUGCCAACGGCAAUAAUGGCCGUUCUUCGCUUUCGGCAGCUAGUUCGCCAGUUUCUGUCUCCCAUCACCAUGGAUAUAUGACAUCUCCUGGUACGCUCUCUACUACUUCCACUGUCGGCAUCGUAUCCUCACCUGAUGGCGGCGGCAAUUCUGUCGUUGUUAUGUCCAAUGGCCUUCCCGCACUCCACGAAUCACCAGGACUUUUGGAUAUUUCCACUUUGUAAAUUAUUUCCAAUUUUAUAUACAUAUUAUCAAAUAAGAUUUUAUUAUAAUUACAUAUAGGUAUAUAAAAACAAAACUACAGAUAGCAAGAUAUAUAGUUCAUCUAAGCACAACCUUCUGUAUCUCAAAACUUCUCGUUAUUUCUUUUCAUUGCAUUCCCUACCUUACCUAUAUAUCAAACAUUCCUUAAUUGAAUUAAUUUUUACCUUUUACCGACAUAAGUAGUAGAUUUAAUAUAUAUUUAUGUUCAUGCAAAAAGAGACAGCAAAUUAUUAAUAAAAGUAUUGAUUUCGCGCUCCGAUUUCACACCAAUACUGGUAUUGCCUUCCUCCCUGCUUUUGCUAUAAAAACAAAAAUUGUAAAUAAAUGUUACCCUUUUAAAUUAUCUAUAUAAAAUUAAAUAUAUUAUUUUUCCUUUGAACGCAUUAUUAUUUUCACGAAAUUGCUAAAAAUAUAAAGCAAAUGAAAAGAAAACAAAUAAAUAAAACCUAUAUAGCUACCUAAGCAAAGGAAAGCAAUAUCAAUUUAGGAAAGCGAACUGUGAAGAAACGUGUGAUAAAAAAUGUUUAUAUAAUUUUAUUUAUCUCUGAUUUAUCUAUCAUUUUGUUUGUAAUAAAUUUUUAUAAAUAUAAAAUUACCAUUUUAUGCACAAAAUAAAUAAAUGGCAUGGAUAAAAUUGAUGAGGUGUGUCUCGCGCCUAUUUGAAAAAUUAGUUUUAAGUUAAUUAUUAUUAUUUUUUGUUUUAAGUUAUAUUUUAUAUAGAUUAUAUUUUAUUAUAUUAUACAUAUACACUUUUCGAAAUAUCUUUCGUUGAAGAGAGAUGAUUGAAUGACAAAAACUUUAAAUAAAAAAGAACAAAUAAUAUUAAAAAUGUA